AUGGUUGCCGCGUUUCUGUUCCAUCAUGAUGCUGCUGGAGGUGAGACAAUGCACGACUUACCUCUUGAAGGGGACUCUAGUACUUGGUACCUGCCGGACGAAGUUUUCGACGAUGCCAUCAUCCUGAGCUCAAAGCUUGACCAACAGCAUUCUGCAAUCUGUCUUGAGACUCACCCUGAUUUCGUCCUGCUCCGCGUCUUUGAUGAUAGCGACGAUGGAUGUCGUGUGCUCACUGACGAUGGAUUGGAAUUUCGCGUCCCAGUCUCGACCUCGACACAUCUCAAGUCGUUCGUCCUUCACUGCGAUGUACAAUUCACCACCACCACGACGAAUAGAUGGGCCAUCCGCUGGGACGUGACCGGCGAUAUUUCCGACAGUAUGAGACCACCUCCUCUACCGAUCGUCAGCGGCCUUCCACGACCCAUGUCCGAUGAAGAGACCAUGGAGGAUGUUGUCAAGCCUAUGGGCCCCGAAACAGAAGAGGCAGCCAAAUCUGACACAUCCUCUCGAUCCACAUGCUCACCCACCCCGCCACCUUGUCGAGGUCAGCUAAAGUCUGAAAUACCCAGAGGCACUACCGAAACCGAUGACAGCUUCCUCAGCAAGGCCUCGACCGUUGUCCCCACCGAACCUGAGGACCUGCAGCUGGCGGAGAAGAUAUGUCCUAAAGACCAAGCCGUGGAUGUGGAGGCUGAUACACCUGCCGAACACGUGCGCCGCUCACCUACUCCACGAGACACAGUCACAAUUGCAAACGACCAUAAGAGCCUUGAGAGCCCUCCUUCCUCAAGGGGCCAGAAAACUGGUGGAUUAGGGAGUGAUAGUCGGCGGUCGACACCAAAGUCUGACUUUGUGCAACAAUCUCCCACAGGAGAUACAACACCAAAAUUCAACCUUGACAAACAAUCAAGGAAACGCAAAUUAGUGGACAUAGAAGCGGCUGACGUCGGCCAAGACAGCGAAGAAGAUGACAUAUUCAGCACCCAGAAUACUCAGCUAGCGAACAGUGUGAGCUUUAGCAAUACACCGAAACAAGGAACGGCAAAAAGAGGCAGAGGGAGAACAACACCCAAGAGGAAGCCACUGUCCGUAUCUAAUCAACCGACUAUCAGCCCAGAAAGCCGUGCUGGGACUCAGUCACGCUCUCCACGGAAGAGAGCGCGCAGAGAUUCUGUGGCGUCUUCCGGAAAACAAUAUGCUGGGUCAACACCAGUUGUGAUCUUCAGCGGUAGCACGGAAAUUGACCAGAAAAACAGCAUGAUGGAGGCGUUUCGACACCUGGGAGGACGUGAGACCAAGUCUAUCAAUGAUGCCACUAUGCUGUGUGUUGGCAAAGGACCAUUCAAGAGAACCAGCAAGUUGAUUAUAGCCGUGGCAAGAGGCAUCGACAUUGUGACCGAGGAAUGGAUCAUAGAAACCCAGCGUCGCGGUUCGUUUCCAGCUGUCGAUGAAUUUCUGCCUCGGGAUCCUUCUCAUGAGCGCAUACGGGAUUUCAAUUUGAAAGAAGCCAUGCAGCGAGGCAAGCUCGGUCUGACGCAUAUCCUCUCUGGCACGACAGUCUUUCUCACGAAGCGAAUUCGCACAGAUCUUGGCAAGCUCGAACGAGAGCUAUCCCAAGUCGCGACGGUGCUUGGAGCUGACUCGGUCCAAAGGCGGCUGCCAGCGCUCAAGGACAAAGAAAAAUAUGCUGAGCACGAGGUGCUGAUCAUAGGCGCAGAAAAUGAUCCUCAGGGAACACAGGUCGGACGAUUGGGUCAGAAGCUAUACAACAAGGACAUUCUGACCAUGGCAGUCUUGAGAGGAAAGCUGGAGCGAUCGUCGGCAGAGUUUCUGAUCGAUGUGCCUGUUAAGGAUGAGGAAGAUGAUUAG